AUGGCUCCUUCUGCCGCCGAUAUCCCGCCUCCGAUUACCAUUGUCUCCAACGAGGAGGCGGCAAAAGCUCCAGCAGGCGUUGUGCUACCGCCCAAGGAAAUUCGAGCCAUUGUUGAGAAGACUGCAGGAUACGUCGCCCGAAAUGGCGAAGCUUUCGAGAUGAGAAUCCGUGAUAACGAACGAACGAACCCCAAGUUUUCAUUUUUAACUCCUGGAGACCCCUAUAACCCGUUCUACGUAUGGCGCCUCGAAGAAACGCGUGCGGGAAGAUCAACCGCCGUCGCGGCUGGUCGUACUGAUGGUGCUGCAGCUCCUGCCCCAGAACCCGAAGCAGAGCCUGGACCGACUCCACCACCCGAAUUUCAAUUCUCGGCGAGAAUGCCAGCUAUUAGCGCGCAAGAUUUGGAUGUACUACGAUUGACAGCCUUAUUCGUUGCAAAGAAUGGUAGACAGUUCAUGACAACUUUAUCACAGCGUGAAGCGCGAAAUUAUCAAUUCGAUUUCCUACGACCAAAUCACUCGUUCUACCAAUACUUUACCCGCCUCGUCGACCAGUACACCCUGAUUCUUAGCCCCACCGACAAGGAUGAGCGAAUGGAGCAGCUCAGGAAGAACUUUGAGGACAAAUUCCAGCUGAUUGACGCUGCCAAACAGAGGUCGGAGUGGGUAAAGCAUCAAGAGGAAGAAAAGAAGAAGCAGGAAGAGGAAGAGGACAAGGAGAAAUUGGCAUAUGCGCAAAUCGAUUGGCAUGACUUUGCUGUUGUUGAAACAAUCACAUUCACAGAAGCCGACGAUCACGCCGAUUUACCUCCCCCGACUUCACUUUCUGAUCUUCAGCAUGCUUCCUUGGAGCAAAAGGCGUUGAUGUCGUUGAAUAGCAACCAACUUCGCAUUGAAGAAGCCAUGCCAACAGCUGACGAUUAUGACUCUGGAACUUACAUUCCGGGACCCAUCCAGGAAGAGGAAGAGGAAGACGAGACUAUGGACGUGCCUAUGGAACCAGAUUCUGAUAACGAGGACGAAGAAAUGGCAAGAAUACGCGAGAGAAGAGAGGCACAGGCUCGCGCCGAACAGGCUAGAGCUGAGGCUCAAGGUGGCACAGCGCCCAUGAAGAUCAGGAGCGAUUACGUAUCCCGGGCAGCGACAGCUGCAGCGAACAGGCGUGGUGCGGCACAAACUACCAUAUGCCCUAACUGCAAACAGCCUAUCCCACUUGAUGAGUUGGAGCAGCAUAUGAGAAUUGAACUUCUGGACCCCCGCUGGAAAGAACAAAGAGCCCGCGCCGAUGCCAAAUAUUCGACAACAAAUCUUUCUACUACAGAUGUCGCAGCGAACUUGAAACGAUUAGCGAGCCAGCGUGCUGAUUUAUUCGAUGUUCAGCCUGGCACCGUAGAUGAGGGAGACGAGAGGAGGAAGAAACCUGUUAUUGCAUGGGAUGGCCACGCUGACAGUAGAGAAUCAGUCAGAUUGCAACAAUUGCAGUCCGUCAGUAUGACGGAUCAACUCAGUGCUCUCCAGAAGAAACAGCAAGAAUUCUUGAAUCCAACAGUUGGGCCGAGAAGAAAUUAG